UAAAAAACGUAUCCACUUCACGACACUGCUCAAAACGAAUCCUGCAACUGUGCUUCACUGUACAUGUUUUUCGGAAGCAUGUGCUGUUUGUUUUGUAUAUCAUGAUAUUUAAUUUUACUUGUAAAUUUUAAAGAUCUUCGAUUUUUCAUACGUAAAACAUAAAAUGGAUAAUACAGUAACUAUCGCUGCAUCAAUGAAAUCUGAACAGAUUCAAAAGCAGCAAAUGCUGAACAAUUGGCUGAGAGAGAGACUUGAGUUGAAUCAGAAAGAACUUAACACAUGGAUUGAUAAGAAGAAGCAGCUUGAAAAGGUAAUAGAAGGGCUUCGAGAGUUUCCAUUGUCCGUCUCAGAGAAGUGUAUGGUACCAAUCAGCAAGUUAGCAUUCAUGAAAGGAAAAUUAAUACAUACCAAUGAGAUUUUGGCUUGUCUAGGGGACGGAUACUUUGCAAAGUACAGUGCGUCACAAGCGAUUGCAUUGUGCAACAGAAGAAUAUCAUAUAUAGAUGAAACAUUGAGACGUUUAGAAAAUGAGAGAAUGCUGUAUGACGCGAGACUACUUCUGUCAGCAGAACAUGAUGUCUUUGGUGAACAGGACAAGAAAGAUAUAUUUGAACAUUUGGAUGAGGACGAACUUGCUGAGUGGAGAAUACAACAUAGACAACAUGAGAAGGAAUAUCGCCAAAAAUUGUCAGAAUUAAAAGAAAAAGAAAAAACUAACACAUGUACAGAGGAGGAACUUUUUAAAAGGCUCGAUGAGUUGGAGUUGGAAGAGGAACUAGAAGAUGAAAUGAACAGACUGGAAGCUGAACGGCAAGAAUUUUAUGCUGAUGAUUUGGAAGAGGGUGAAGUUUACGAUGAGUCUGAAGAGGAUGACGAGUCUGACUCGGAUCCAAUUACAGUAGAGAUGCUCCAAGAGGAAUUGAAAAGGUUGAAAGAUAUUCAGGCGAAUAAAGUCACGAAUGACACGUCAAAUAUAUCGAACUCUUGUGACGCAACUCAAGAUGAAACAUUAAGUACAAAUUCGACAGAAAGCAUACAACCUGAUGUAAAUUCUACUGAAGAGGCGUUGAAAGAGAGUAGUUCAACUGAAUCAGAGUAUACAUCUAAGAGUACAGAUGGAACAGAUACAACGAGGCGAAAGAAAAAAGUAUCGUUUGUGGAAUUGAACGAUCAAAGUAAUGCAGGUGACAAACCGUCGAUAUUGGAGGUGAAACAAGAUUAUUCCGUAGAACAAGAUGACACGCAUAAUGAAGAUAACGAUGACGAUAUCAGAAUUGAGUUUUUACACUCAACUCAUGUACCAAACAUACCUGAACCAAAUAAUACAGAAAUUCAGAGUCCAGCGGAUAUUUAUAAAAUAUUCAGCGUACCCAUAAAGCCUAUUUUGAAGAGAUCUCCCAAUGAUAUGUUUUCCAAUCAAGCAGUACCUCCUUUACGUGAAGACAGCAGUACAGAUACAGAAGAUGAAUCGAGUGGUGUCAAACCUUCUGCAUAUGAUUUUGUAAUAAAAAAUAUCCAGGAAAAGAAAGUAACGACAUCCUUCGACAAUACCGUAGAAAAGAAGAACAUUAGGCCAGUGAGCAGAUUUAAAAUGGAACGAGUUCGUAGUGCAAAAUGAUGUACAAAGAGUGCAGUCAAAUGUCCGUGAGCAAUGUUCCCCAUUCUUUCCCACUCGAUUUUAUAGCCAAUUUUGACAUCAGAUAAAAAUAUUCACAACACACAUAAAAAUCCUGGAGUCGUUCUUUUUUACCGCAAAUUUAUUAAUACUAUACUUGUUACUGGUUGCACAGAAUUAAAAGUCCUUUCGCACAAUCACAACACACAGGUCGACAAAUUAUAAAACUUUCUCAUUUUUCAAAUAAAGUCAACCCGUCUUCGCCUAUAUUGAUGUGUGUAUUGUAACUGUGCAAAUGGACUUUUAAUUCUGUGCAGCCAGUAACAAGUACUAAAAAAUUUAUAGUCGAAACUUUUGGAACGAUAAAUAUACCUUAAGACAUAUACGAGAGUAAGCUAAUAAUUACCCAUAUUUGUGUUGUAAAUUUGUACAGGUUGGCAGUAUAUUUUUUUUCAAACGAAAUAAAGAAACUUGUGACAUAUUAUAUAGACUAAAUACAUCAGAAAUCGGUAGAACUAUAUUGAGAAAUAAAAUAAUUUGUAAAUUUUCGUACGGUUUUUAUGAUGAACUUUGCAAAGUGCGGAUGAUUAUCAUUGACUUAUCAUCAUAUAUUUGUAAUCAGGUUGGCGAGUACUUUAAUUCGAUACAAAAUCGAGCGGGGAAAAAAUGGGAAAGAUCUUAGCAAAACUCUUCAUCUAUUGUAAAUUAUGCGAAACUUCACGGAGACCAAUAAAUGUAUUGCAAAUUUCCCUUUGUAACGCGCGUGUAAUUCAGUCGCGCGAAUCUUACGUGAUGGCAAAAGAGAAUGUCAUCGAGUAAUCUCGCAGGGAAUACUUUCAACCUUCGAUCAGCGCAAUAUCUUUAAGGCAGGAACUUAACAGUUAAUUUUACUCGUGAACUUCAAUCGAUGGAAUUAAAAGCUUGAUAUUUUACAGAACAGUAAGCACUAUUUACAAUACGUUUAACAACGAAAC